GGCACUUCCACUUCAAGCCUGAGGACUGCUCUCUGCCUGGUUCCUGGUUCCUGGUCUGCUUCCUCAUUCCUGCUCUGCUUCCUGGAUGCUGGUGGGCUUCCUGGUUACUUACUGGUCUUAGGACAGCUUGGAGAUCAUGGACAUUGAAGCAUAUUUUGAAAGAAUUGGGUAUACAGGCCCUAGGGGGAAAUUGGACUUGGAAACAUUAACUGACAUCCUUCAACACCAGAUCCGAGCCAUUCCCUUUGAGAACCUUAACAUCCAUUGUGAAGAAGCAAUGGAGUUGGACUUGGAGGCAAUUUUUGAUCAAGUUGUUAGGAGGAAGCGAGGUGGAUGGUGUCUCCAGGUCAAUCACCUCCUGUAUUGGGCUCUGACUACAACGGGUUUUGAGACCACAAUGUUGGGAGGUUAUGUUUACAGCAGUGAAAGUGACAGAUACAGCAAAAAAAUGAUUCAUCUCCUGUUGCAGGUGACCAUAGAUGGCAGAAACUACAUAGUGGAUGCUGGGUUUGGACGUUCCUACCAGAUGUGGCAGCCUCUGGAGCUAAUUUCUGGGAAGGAUCAACCUCAGGUACCCUGUAUUUUCCGCUUGAGAGAAGAGGGAGAAAUCUGGUACCUGGACCAAAUCAGAAGAGAGCAGUACAUUCCAAAUAAAGAGUUUGUUAAUUCUGAUCUCCUGGAAAAGAACAAAUACCGAAAAAUCUACUCUUUUACUCUUGAGCCCCGAACAAUUGAAGAUUUUGAGCUUGUAAAUGAAGACCUUCAGACAUCUCCAGUAUCUGUGUUUACAAGCAAAUCUUUUUGUUCCUUGCAGACACAAGAAGGGGUUCACUGUUUAGUGGGCUUCACCCUCACCUCUCGAAAAUUCAGUUAUAAGGACAAUACGGAUCUGGUAGAGUUUAAGACCCUAAAUGAGGACCAAGUAAAGGAAGUGCUGAAGAAUCUGUUCAAUAUUUCCUUGCAGAAAAAACUUGUGCCCAAACAUGGUAAUCGAUUUUUUACCAUUUAG